GAAGCUGGCCAGUCUCGUCGUUGCUCUUUGCGAGGCAAGGCCUGCUUCGAUCGUGUUUGGCCUGCGUCGUUGUUUCGCGCGCAUCAUGAUAUACGCGCUGAUCCCUGUUUUGCCUGAUGGGAUUGAAAGUUUAAAGAUAGUUCGAGGAUCCGUCUGGUUCUUGUUCUAUGUUUAGGCGGGGCCAGACAAUGCCCAAUGACCUCGGAAUUGGGCCGCUAGGAUCUCUGCCAUUCUGAAAUGGGUCAUUGGAAGCAGCGCGAGGGCUGUCACCACCUAAUACCCGGGACUGAGAUAAGCUGUAUCAGCAUAACCCAAGUCUGAUACAAAUUAUACUUUCCCAUAAUUUCGCUGCCGGCCAGCGGGUAUUGGACCACACACACACACACACACACACACACACACACACACACACACACACACACACACACACACACACACACACAUGACUCAGCACUUUUCCAUUCUUGCACUUAAAAAAAAACAAGGUGGCAGCACGAUGUAACGCCACGUCCCUAUUGGGUAGGACCUGGUAGGACAACAGAACCGGUGCACACUGGGAAGAAAGGGACCCGCAGCCCCAUGAAUUAGAUGCCGCUGAAAUUUUAACUUGAAAAUAUGUGUUUAUUAUGUAAAAAAAUCCGGAGAAUCGAAUCGUGAUGGUUUCGUCUGCCGGAGAUAAUGGGAAAGGGUCCAUUUUGCCCAAAUAUCCCCUAAAAUGCAACCUUUUUAUAUUAUAUGUUACAUUACGUGAAAUACCCCAGGUUUAUAGACUUCAAAAUAAGUGAACUUUAUGUAAAAACCCGAUUUAAUCCCACCUGGGGUGAGAUAGAGCCUUUCUUACUAAAGAAUAUAACAAUAGUAGAACUUCUUCUUUAAAUUCAUAACAACGACUUUGUUUAUUUAUAAUGUCAGUACAAAAGAAAGUCUAAUGAUGAAAGCAAAGUAUUAUAAAUGAUAUGCUUUCCAAAAGAAAUAAAAAACGCAUUUUCACCAAAAGAAUAUUUGUAAUCGUACAUAUUAUUAAUCUAACAAGAGUUUAUGACAAACGCGAGCAUAGCAAACUUCCCAUGCGUCAGUGACAACGCACACCGCGGUUUUGGUUUUCUAGCUUCGGUACGAGCCCUUUUGUGUGUAGGUAUUUUGGUUCAUCGUACCAUCUUACCGAGCAAAGCAGGCGUAAAGAAAAACCGAGGUACAAGUGAACCGCGUGUGCCGCACGGUACAGGAAAGAUAGCCAUUCAACUUCUACGAAAGACGUGAGCAAUGUCAACGUAGCUUACACGCAGGAGAGAGCUGUCAGCGUAUAACCACGUCAGGGGAUGAAGAGGCGAAUUUUGUAGGAAUCGCACACGUUGCAUUGGGAGAAAAUUUAAUCACUGUCGUUAAUUUGGAAUUAGGGCUGAUAGUGCCGCGCUUAUAAUCUAAGUUUGCAGUAAAUCGCUGUAGGUAACUGAAUUCUAGCAUUUAAAACAAUUAAAACAAAAAUGAUCGUAUCUUGCAGCUCUUUGAACGACAUUUUGGAAUCGAAUAUCUAAAGAUUAAUUUAACCUCAAUUUCAUUGAUACAUUAUUGUUCGCACAAAAUAUCGUUAAAGAUCGCACUGAUCAGACGUUGACCUGUUAGAAAAGGUGUUGGCGAUCUGCAGGUCAUCAAGUUUGAUUGCGCUGACUAGAUAUUUAUCCACCAGAAGGGAAUUCUUCUGUAGCCAGAAGGUCACCGUAACUCUUAAAAGCAACGUUUGGGACGAAAUAAACACGUUCGCUAAGGAGUCGCUGACUGAAUUGCAUUUCCCGGUGGCAACAAAUCUUUUAAGAGUUACAUGGAACGGAUUGUUCACGUUAACAAAUACAAAUGUCAACAGCAUCGGUCCUCGCUGGGGUUCAGGACUACUGCCCCAAAUGCGCAAUGCCCGACGUGGGUUCCGAGUUGGUUACCUGUGGAAAAUGCCAGCGCUGGUACCACGGACGAUGUGCAGGCAAGUGCGAGGAAUUUCUGGAUGGCAGUUGGACUUGUAAGCAGUGUCUCGCGGCAGGGACUGAACCCGCUCGGUCUACCAGCUCGGUCAGCAGUUCGCGAUCGUUACGGAUCAAGCUCCAACUUAUGAGACUGGAAGAAGAGAAGGAAGCGAAAGAAAAACGCCUUCGCGAGAGACAGGAGCAGGAUCGUAUCAGAGAAGAACGAGCACAAAGGGAAAAGGAAGAUCUGGACAGUAAAUACCUCGACGACAAAUAUGCCUUGCUUAUUACUGAUGCAAUCGAAGAGGACGAAGAGAUCAUCGAAGAGGCGGAAUGUCAACAAAAUGUGAUCAGUAAGGUCGACGAGUGGAUAAACUACAGUGGGACAGAGAUUGCCGGACGGCCGGACGAUGAUGUGUUGAGUCUAACAAGAUCGGACGUAGCUGGAACCGGGGAUACGAUGCAUCCUCCAACCCCGCUGAGUGCGCUGGGAGCUAAAGUCAUAUUUUCCUAUGAUCCCAGGACGAUGCCAAGUACGUUUAGGAUGGGUCACGUGUUGUUUACUUCGACUCCGAUGGGUGUAAUCAGUCCGGAGCAGCCAGAAUACAACGAGCAAUACGGUUUAGGAACAAACAUAUUGUCACCUGUGCUGGAGGGCUUACCGAGCAGUUCCUCGGUGGUUCCGCAGUUCUCGGCUCCAAGUGCGAUCGGACAAACGCUGACGGCAGGAAACCCGCAGCAAGCAGGCGCACUUCCAAUCCCACCUGCGGCAUCGCAGUUCUCGGCGCCAAGUGCGAUCGGACAAACGCUGACGGCAGGAAACCCGCAGCAAGCAGGCGCACUUCCAAUCCCACCUGCGGCAUCGCAGUUCUCGGCGCCAAGUGCGAUCGGACAAGCGCUGACUGCAGGACACCCGCAGCAAGCAGGCGCAACCCCAACGCCACCUGCGGCAUCGCAGUUCUCGGCGCCAAGUGCGAUCGGACAAACGCUGACUGCAGGAAACCCGCAGCAAGCAGGCGCAAACCCAAUGCCACCUGCGGCAUCGCAGUUCUCGGCGCCAAGUGCGAUCGGACAAACGCUGACUGCAGGAAACCCGCAGCAAGCAGGCGCAACCCCAAUGCCACCUGCGGCAUCGCAGAUCGCGGCGCCAAGUGCGAUCGGACAAGCGCUGACUGCAGGACACCCGCAGCAAGCAGGCGCAACCCCAACGCCACCUGCGGCAUCGCAGUUCUCGGCGCCAAGUGCGAUCGGACAAGCGCUGACUGCAGGACACCCGCAGCAAGCAGGCGCAACCCCAAUGCCACCUGCGGCAUCGCAGUUCUCGGCGCCAAGUGCGAUCGGACAAACGCUGACUGCAGGACACCCGCAGCAAGCAGGCGCAAACCCAAUGCCACCUGCGGCAUCGCAGUUCUCGGCUCCAAGUGCGAUCGGACAAACGCUGACGGCAGGAAACCCGCAGCAAGCAGGCGCACUUCCAAUCCCACCUGCGGCAUCGCAGUUCUCGGCGCCAAGUGCGAUCGGACAAACGCUGACUGCAGGAAACCCGCAGCAAGCAGGCGCACUUCCACUCCCACCUGCGGCAUCGCAGUUCUCGGCGCCAAGUGCGAUCGGACAAACGCUGACUGCAGGAAACCCGCAGCAAGCAGGCGCAACCCCAAUGCCACCUGCGGCAUCGCAGUUCUCGGCUCCAAGUGCGAUCGGACAAACGCUGACUGCAGGAAACCCGCAGCAAGCAGGCGCAAACCCAAUGCCACCUGCGGCAUCGCAGUUCUCGGCUCCAAGUGCGAUCGGACAAACGCUGACGGCAGGAAACCCGCAGCAAGCAGGCGCACUUCCAAUCCCACCUGCGGCAUCGCAGUUCUCGGCGCCAAGUGCGAUCGGACAAACGCUGACUGCAGGAAACCCGCAGCAAGCAGGCGCACUUCCACUCCCACCUGCGGCAUCGCAGUUCUCGGCGCCAAGUGCGAUCGGACAAACGCUGACUGCAGGAAACCCGCAGCAAGCAGGCGCAACCCCAAUGCCACCUGCGGCAUCGCAGUUCUCGGCUCCAAGUGCGAUCGGACAAACGCUGACGGCAGGAAACCCGCAGCAAGCAGGCGCACUUCCAAUCCCACCUGCGGCAUCGCAGUUCUCGGCGCCAAGUGCGAUCGGACAAACGCUGACUGCAGGAAACCCGCAGCAAGCAGGCGCAACCCCAAUGCCACCUGCGGCAUCGCAGUUCUCGGCGCCAAGUGCGAUCGGACAAGCGCUGACUGCAGGACACCCGCAGCAAGCAGGCGCAACCCCAAUGCCACCUGCGGCAUCGCAGUUCUCGGCGCCAAGUGCGAUCGGACAAACGCUGACUGCAGGAAACCCGCAGCAAGCAGGUGCAUUCUCGUGGCCAUCGGGAGCACCUCAAUUCACGACUUUCUCCACUACCGGCCAAGUCCCGACUGCCGAACACCCGCAGCCAGCAGGUGCUUUCUCGUGGCCACCGGGAGCACCUCAAUUCACGAUGUCCUCCGCUACCGGCCAAGUCCUGACUGCCGAUCAGCCGCAGCCAGCAGGUGCAUUCUCGUGGCUACCGGGAGUACCUCAAUUUACAACGUUCUCCGCGACCGGCCAGGUGCCGACUUCUCUGCCCUCGCAACUAGCGGACACGUUCACCCUGCCACCUGGGGUUCAGCGAUUCUCAGCGCCGUUGACAGUGACCUGUCGAGUCCCGCCCUCUCAGUACCCGCCGCAGGCUGGCGGAUACUCACAUGCCGCGAAUGCAACGGUACUGAAUGGGUCAUCAACACAACCUGUCCCAGAGUGGCACAGAGACCCAGCAAGCUUACAUCAACAACGCAUGGCCGCACGGCAGGUGGUCCCAAAGGAACUACCAGUAUUCACGGGGAACCCGGAAGACUGGCCACUUUUCAUUAGUAGCUACCGCAACUCGACAGAAAUGUGUGGUUUCACGGAUGCAGAGAACAUGAUGCGGCUACAGAAGUGUCUUCGCGGUUAUGCCAUGGAAAUCGCUCACAGUAGUCUGCUGCAUCCCUCAACGGUUCCACAAGCGAUAGCCACUUUAGAAAUGUUGUGUGGUAACCCAGAAAGACUCAUCCAAACGCUGCUGCAGAAAGUCAAGAACACGCCCGCACCAAAAGCAGACCGACUGGAAACACUAAUCAAUUUUGGCGUCGUUGUCCAAAAUCUGGUCGGACACCUACUGGGGGCAAAUCAGCAAGCUCACUUGACGAACCCGUCGUUGUUGCGAGAGUUGGUGGACAAGUUACCACCUCACAUCUGCCUGGACUGGGCUAUCUACAAAAAGAGGUUUGCAGUCGUAAGUUUGGAGACGUUUAGCCAUUACAUGAAGGAGAUCAUCGUGGCGGUCAGCGACGUCGCGCGUUUCAGCGAAGCAGAUGAACCGAAGCCAAACAGACACGAUAAGCAGAAACCGAAGGAGAAAGGAUUCUUGAACGCUCACGCUGCCGGUGACAACCUGGAACAGGAUAAAGCUAACGACCGGGGAGGUAAAACAACCGCACCUGGCAAACCGUGUUUCAUUUGUCAGAAAUCUGGACAUCGUGUCAGAGAGUGCUUCACGUACAAGGCACUCCCCCUAAAUGAUCGCUGGAAGGCUGUACAAGCUCAUCAGCUUUGUCCCAGAUGCCUGGUGCCCCACGGUCGGUGGCCAUGCCGAACUUCUUCGUCGUGCGAUGUUAGCGGGUGUUCGGAGAAUCACCAUGCACUUCUUCACCCGGGGCCGCCGAACGCAACGCCGGAGAAAACACUACAAACUACAGUGGUUUCGAUUCAUCAACAUCCAGAGAGCCCGACCAUGUUCCGGAUCGUUCCGGUGGUGUUGCAUGGAAAGUCAACUCGGUUCGAGACGUUCGCCUUCCUAGAUGAAGGAUCAGAACUAACGCUAAUGGACGCCGAGAUAGCUGACGCAUUGGGACUCCAAGGCGAAUCACGACCGCUUUGUUUGAAAUGGACAUCUGGCGUCACAAGAGAUGAAUCGGACUCCAAACAAAUAACUCUCGAAAUCUCCGGAGUCAAAAAUGAGAAGCGUUUCCCGCUGGUGAACGUACGCACUGUACACCGUUUGGACCUGCCAACCCAAACACUGGAAUUCGAGCGCCUGGCUGCAAAGUAUCCUCACCUGCAGAAACUACCUGUACAGAGCUACGAGAAUGUGACGCCAAAGCUAUUGAUUGGGUUAAACAAUCUUCAACUAGCCCUUCCUCUGAAGUGCCGCACGGGCCGGGGCAACGAACCCGUAGCCGCAAAAACGAAGCUAGGUUGGACUGUCUUUGGAAGCACGGCAGUUUCCGAUUCCGCCCACAGUUUUCACGUGUGCGACUGUACAAAAGAUGGUGAUUUACACGAGCUCGUGAAAGAGUUUUUCGCAUUCGAAAGUCUGGGCGUCACCAACUCACCGUUACCGGAAAGCGUAGAGGAAAUCCGAGCCAAAGCCAUUCUCAACGACACGACGAAGAAAUGUGCUGACGGUCACUUUGAAACAGGGUUACUGUGGCGCUACGAUCAGUUCGAGUUCCCGCCUAGUUACGCGAUGGCGUUGGGGAAGUUACAGUGCCUAGAGCGCCGGUUGCGAAAACAUCCCGAACUGCGGGCCAAUUUGGAUAAGCAGAUUAUAGAAUACCAGACGAAGGGCUACGCUCAUAAAGCGACUGCACUAGAAUUGGAAGGCGCGGAUCCCAAGCGAGGGUGGUAUCUACCACUCGGCGUAAUCACCAACCCAAAGAAACCCGAGAAGGUGCGAAUCAUCUGGGACGCAGCAGCCAAGGUGAAUGGGGUUUCGUUCAACUCCAUGCUGCUGAAAGGACCCGACAUGCUGACCUCCCUGUCGUCGGUUCUAUUCCGAUUUCGAGAACGAAAAUUCUGUAUUACUGCCGACAUCAAAGAGAUGUAUCAUCAGGUCAAGAUCCGUCCGGAAGACCGUCUAUCACAACGGUUUCUGUACAGGUCCGAUCCGUCGCACCAGCCGGACACCUACGUCAUGGACGUGGCGACGUUUGGAUCCACAUGCUCCCCGUGCUCGGCACAAUUUGUUAAAAACCUAAACGCGGAGCGGUGGAGAGAAUCAUACCCAGAAGCAGCCGAAACGAUAGUACAAAACCACUAUGUGGAUGAUUACUUGGACAGCCGGGACACGGAAGAGGAGAUUAUCAAGCUGUCAGAGGAUAUCAGGACCGUGCACUCCAAAGCGGGCUUUGAAAUAAGGAACUGGAGAUCGAAUUCUCAUGAGGUUCUGCGACGGGUCGGGGCUGAACCAGCAAACGUUAAGAAAAUGUUGUUUGUGGACAAAGCAGUACCAGCGGAACGAGUUCUGGGAAUGACUUGGCUUCCGACCGAGGACAUGUUCACCUUCUCGGUCAUCCUGUCAGACGAUUUACAACGUAUGAUUCUCGGAGUAGUUGCUGUCACUAAACGCGGCGUCCUGCGAGUAUUGAUGAGCUUGUUUGAUCCUCAUGGACUGAUUUCAAACUUUCUUAUCCAUGGAAAGAUCAUAAUCCAAGAUCUCUGGCGUAGCGGUGUAUCCUGGGACGAGCCGAUUCCGCGAAAGAUCCGAGAGCAGUGGGAACGAUGGAUCAACCUUCUGCAGAAUUUGUCACGGAUUAGAAUUCCCUGUUGUUACUUUCCGGGUUACCACGUGGAAGACUUGAAAACACUCGAGCUGCACGUGUUUGUGGACGCCAGUGAGUCGGCGUACGCUUGCGUAGCUUAUUUCCGGAUUAUCCAGGACGGCAAACCGCGGUGCGUGUUCGUGACCUCUAAAGCGAAGGUAACGCCGUUGAAGUCCGUAUCAGUUCCCAGACUGGAGUUGAACGCGGGGGUCAUCGGAUGUCGACUAGCGAAAACAAUCAAGGAAAACACCACGCUGCCCAUUAGCCGUACGGUGUACUGGACCGACUCUAGUACAUUGCUGUCAUGGAUCAGAUCUGAUACCCGGAAAUACCGUCAGUAUGUCGCCGUUCGGGUUGGUGAAAUUCUGGAAACGACCGAUAUUUCGGAAUGGCGAUGGGUGCCAACCAAACUCAACGUUGCAGACGAAGCCACAAAGUGGGGCAAAGGACCGAACGUAGAUCCGGAUAGUCGGUGGUUUCUGGGACCAGAAUUUUUGUACCAGCUCGAGGAAUUGUGGCCACAGCAGAGACUGCCUGAACCAGACACGACGGAAGAACUCCGCCCUAUCUUUAUGCACCGUGAAAUCAUCCGAACUCCAUUCAUUGACGUAUCGCGAUUCUCAAAGUGGGAACGCUUACUGCGCAGCACUGCUCACGUGUUCCACUGGGGCGAUCGUACUCGCGCACCUGCUAGCGAACGACAACCCUCGCUGGUUAAAGCUGACUUUGAAAGAGCAGAAUGGGCGCUCUGGCGGCUGGCGCAGGCAGACUCAUACGCAGAUGAGGUGGUGGAGCUGACGGUGCAUUCAAAGGACAAAGCGCGACGACUGCUGCGGCUGGAUACUGGAAGCAAAAUCCGUCAUCUGUCACCGUUUCUCGAUGAACAUGGUGUGAUUAGAAUGGAGGGCCGAAUCGAAGCUUCACCGUUUGCACCCUACGACGCCAAAUACCCUAUCAUCCUACCACGAGCGCACUACAUUACCGAGUUGCUAAUUGACUGGUACCAUCGACGCUUCGGUCACGGAUUCGGCGAAACAGUAGUCAAUGAAAUUAGACAACGAUUUCACAUAUCAAAUCUACGCGUUCUGGUCCGUGAGUACCCGAAGAAAUGUAACUUCUGCAAGAUGGAGAAAGCAGAACCCGAGGUGCCUAGGAUGGCUCCACUUCCUGCUGCACGCGUAACUCCCCACGAGCGGGCGUUCACGAGAGUGGGAAUCGAUUACUGCGGACCAUUUGCAGUCAGGUUUGGGCGUGGAACGGUUAAACGUUGGGUAGCGUUAUUCACGUGCUUGGCUACCCGCGCUGUGCACUUGGAAGUUGUUGCGUCACUCUCCACGGAGUCAUGUAAGCUGGCGUUGAGGCGCUUUAUCAAUCGACGUGGCGCACCUGCAGAAAUAUACACAGACAACGGGACAAACUUCCAGGGAACACAACGCGAGUUAUUGGAACAAGUCCAGGACACUAACCGAAGCUUGGCAGAGACGUUCACCGACGCAAACACCAGCUGGUUCUUCAUUCCCCCAGCAACACCCCACAUGGGAGGAGCGUGGGAACGCAUGGUACGUUCAGUCAAAGCUGCCUACAAAAGACACGAACCCCAACAGAGGAAGUGUUCCAGACAAUUUGUACGGAAGCAGAGUCGAUGAUCAACAGCAGGCCGCUGACGUAUAUGCCUCUGGAAACAUCGGACCAGGAGGCCCUUACCCCCAAUCACUUUCUGCUGCUCAGUUCGACGGGAGUGAAACAAGCCGUCAAACAGCCGACUUGUGACGCAGCAGCAUUGCGCAGCGACUGGGGUCUGUGUCAGUCGAUUCUGGAUUGUAUCUGGACUCGAUGGAUUCGUGAAUAUCUACCCACCAUCACACGCAGAACGAAGUGGUUCGACGACGUGCAACCAUUGACGGAAGGGUCCCUGGUCUUCAUUGUGGACGACAAGCUGCGUAACAAUUGGGUACGAGGACGAGUCCUGAAGGUAAUUCGUAGUCGUGACGGGCGUAUCAGACAAGCUGACGUACAGACGGCAUCCGGAGGAGUAUUGCGACGGGCUGCGGCGAAAUUGGCCGUGCUAGAUAUCAAGCAGAGUGGUAACGCUGCCGGAUCGGGGCAGCAUUACGGGUCGGGGGAUGUUGGUACUGGGAGCACGGCCGGCGAUGACCUGAACGACCAGCGGCAAGACCCCUCGACCUCGAUCGAGUCAGACGUGAGCAAUGUCAACGUAGCUUACACGCAGGAGAGAGCUGUCAGCGUAUAACCACGUCAGGGGAUGAAGAGGCGAAUUUUGUAGGAAUCGCACACGUUGCAUUGGGAGAAAAUUUAAUCACUGUCGUUAAUUUGGAAUUAGGGCUGAUAGUGCCGCGCUUAUAAUCUAAGUUUGCAGUAAAUCGCUGUAGGUAACUGAAUUCUAGCAUUUAAAACAAUUAAAACAAAAAUGAUCGUAUCUUGCAGCUCUUUGAACGACAUUUUGGAAUCGAAUAUCUAAAGAUUAAUUUAACCUCAAUUUCAUUGAUACAUUAUUGUAAGUAACUAAGAUGAUUCGCCCAACUACUGACAAGUAAUGCCAUUUCAACUACCAUUAGGUUCGCACAAAAUAUCGUUAAAGAUCGCACUGAUCAGACGUUGACCUGUUAGAAAAGGUGUUGGCGAUCUGCAGGUCAUCAAGUUUGAUUGCGCUGACUAGAUAUUUAUCCACCAGAAGGGAAUUCUUCUGUAGCCAGAAGGUCACCAUAACUCUUAAAAGCAACGUUUAGGACGAAAUAAACACGUUCGCUAAGAAGUCGCUGACUGAAUUGCAUUUCCCGGUGGCAACAGGUGUUAAGGUCCCGAAACUGUAUAUUCACUUUAUACGCUUAGAGGUAAAAUUGAGUGGCGACGUCUAGAGUUGAUAUAGAGUUUACCGCGGUAAAACGUCAAAAUACUACAAUACCGACAGUAUUUAAAUGGAAAGAUUCAAAAAGCUUUGCGCAGCUCUCUCACUUUUAGGAGAGGGCUUUUCACGCUGGAAUGCUUAUCUGUAGGGUUAGUGAAAUUUCACGAUUUCGCGGACAGCGUGAAAUCCGCGAAAUUUGGCUUUUUCCGUGAAAUCCCGUGAAAUGUUAUGUUUGUGAGAAAAUGUAACGAUUUUUCAUGAAAUAACUUAUCAAACUUAAAAAGGAAUAAAAAUAAUGUUAUGAACUACUGUAGAAUUAAGUGAGUGAACAUCCUGCUUUUAUUACUAAUAUAGGGUUAAUGAUUUUUGACGGUUUCGUAGACGGCGUGAAAUUCGUGAAAUUUAUCACAAAAACUUUUAAAAUUUGAGAUCAAAACUUUUAAUAAAAUUUGUACCAGCCUAACAACUUAAUAAAUAUUUCAUCCAAAAAGAAAAGAAAAAAGCUUGAUUAUAUAUGUGUGUCAAGUUGAUAGAAGUUUAGAGUUUUUUAGAAACUAACAAAAUUUAGUAAUAUUUUCAUUCGCAGUAUUAAAAAUUUUAGUGCUAUUUUAUUUGAAAGGUAUAGUUUUGAAAGAAAUUAAAAGAAUCAAGCUUUGUUUUAUUCAAAAUAAAAUUAAGAGUAUUUUUUUAUCUUUGAAAUAUUCUUUUUUAAAUAUAACAAAUUUGUUUUGGGCCUGUUAAAUUUUAACGAUCUCAUUUAGAAUAAAAAUUUCGAUUUUGUUAAAAAUUAUAUUAUUUUUGCAAAAUGUUUAUAAAUUUAGUUUUUGACAAAUGAGCUAAAACCCCUAAAAAAUAUGUUUAAUGGGCUAAAUGACGCAGAAAAUUCAAUUUAUUUUACUCAUUUUGACUGGACAAAUCUAGCUUUGAUAUGAAAUUCAAUAAAAUGUAAAAUGAUAUAACAGAAGCAAAUUAGCGAAAACAUUUGAGCUUUGUUAGUCGAAUAUUAAAAGAGCAGUUCAGUAAAUGAGAAUACGCGUGCCCUACAUUUUGUUUCCAAAUAUAUAUAGAGCCCAUCCAAUAACCAGGAGGUUUUUUUUUUAAUUGGAAGAUUUUUUUGUCGCAUUCAAAUAUAGUAAAGAUUUUUUUACAUAAUAAUACACAAUGAAGCAUAAAAAGUAUUUUCUGUGAUUUACACAUAUGAUUUUCAGAGUUAUUUUAACAUUUUUCAAGUUCCGCGAAAUUUGCGUGAAAUUUGGUGUUUUGAAAUUGAGGUCCCCGUGAAAUUUGCAAUUUUCGAGCGUGAAAAAUCACUAAGCCUACUUAUCUGUGUUUUUUUUUGUUGUGUUUCUCUACUUUCGAGAUUCUAAACAGCGUGUUGAAUAGAUAUGCUGAGUUGAAAUAUGUAUAAACAGAGGAGUUUUGUCGAUACUGUCCUUAUAGGAACAACAAAUGCAAUCACCUGCCAGGUUAAAACAAUUCAUUUCAUUUUUAACUACAAAACUUUACAAUAUAUUCAAAAAUGGUACACUUUUUUGUUCCGAAUUUCAAAAAAAUUAUUCGCUCUACAGCAUUGCCUUGGUGUUCUCGAUUGCGAAAUUCCUACUCGAAACUAGGUGUCCGAAGGCUUGAUUGUUGAGGCAAUUGCAAACCAUCCACCCCGGGAUUCAAACUGACGACCUUUGGAUUGUGAGUCCAACUGCCUACCAGCGACUCCACCGAGGCGGGACCCAGGGAGACGACUCCUACACCUGGACUCAGCUAACGACCUAACCUCUAGGUUAGACCGGGCCAACAUUUACUUCCCGUCCGACGGAAGGCGUGAUCAGACAAAUCUCGUCUCAAAUUUAUCAUAAUUAAUUACAUUUCAGGGUGUUUAAUUUAAACUCUCACUGCGCAAAAAAAAAACCACCACUCUCUCACUAUAGACGACGACCGCGGUGAAGUCCCUUUCGGCGGGUCGAAUCGGACGGGAUCGGCAUCACGUCCUUGAUGCGGCCAGGACACGGCGCGCCGAAUGUACACCCGGUCCUGAGAUCAUGGUUCGAUUUCCGCCGAAAAUUGAAUUUUUCUUCGACUUCCUUAGCGGCCUCGUCACGAUCAGCAUUGAUUGUCAAGAAGCUGGUGACGCGCGAGAUAGUUCCUUGCCAGAAAGAUCCGUGACGUGGACGAAGGUGUCAUUUGAGCUUGAGAAAAAUCAAGCCUAUUUGAAUCAAAAAAAUAUUUUGUUGUUUCAAUUUGACGAUUUUUUGUUAAAGUAACCCUGAAAACCAAUUGAAACAACUCAAAACUUUGAGUUGAAUUAACUUACUGUAUUUUGUCGAACUCUUUGAAAAAUAACAACAAAAUUGUCGCUUUGAUUCUACCUAAAACAGCGUUGAUUCAACUUAACUUAAUUUUUUGGUUUAAAUAAAAACUAUUGUUGUUUACACGUGCCCGCUAUCUGUCAAAAUGUUAAGUUUUUUCUCGGCAAGCGGAUGAUCCAUCUACUGUACCAUGAUGAACGACUGGAGACGCGUCGAGUGGGAAGUGUCCGCGGUGACGCAGUACAUUCCGGAUUGCUGGUUGCGAAGGGCGUCUUCUUUCGCCGUCUCCUAUUGGUGUCAAGUCCUCGACCUCUUAAACAAAUAUUGUUGGCGGAACAGCCGGAACUGACUCUGGUCUUGAGAUGACCUGCCAAGUUGUAAGUUUAUCCAUCCUCAAUAUAAGUGAUUUUUUUAUUUUACUCCAUAUCAAACAUUGCAGGAAAAAAAAAGUUGUCACCGGGUGGAGAAGACGUCCAGGUUAAGCCUCGAUGCGGUUACGGGGGAUGAAAACGACAACGACUGAAGCGACGUCGGGGGCAGGUCCAAAAGAAGAGGUGAAGCAAGCCGGUGCUGAAACUUACGGGGCACGUGGACCGGUUUGCCGAUUUGAUGGUGAAGGACGUUAAGAAUAAGAAGUGCAUGACCUGGUCAUGAUGCUCAACACGGCCUGUAACCAGAUGGACGGCAAGGUCGCAGCAAAUCAAGAUCGGGGACAACGUGGAUCAGAUGUAACAUCCUGCGCCGAAGACGAGCGAAGUUACAAAGGUCGUAUCAAGCAAAGCCACCAUUGACAAGGCAUUCGAGAAUGAAGCCAAUGACGUCACCGAACUUACGGCUAAACUGAGCCUGGUGGGCGAGGUGGAAACCAUCGGCCAGAACACCAUGGACAGCGGGGAGUACACUUAUAUACUGAACCACAAUAACCCUGAAAAGCGACA